UCCCGAAGCUAACUACACUACAGACGCCCGAGAAACUGUCAAAAACAGUCAACAAACGAGCAAUGGCAGACUUGAGUCUGGGCGAUGCUCUGACUGACAGUGUUCCUCAGUCUGAGGACACGGUGGAGAGAGACUUCAUUGCUUCUCUGGAAGCUGAGACCUAUGAUGACCAGGUGGGGGAGACAGUAAGCAAGACUGACUAUAUCCCAUUGGUGGACAACAGUGAUGGAAAGGAUGCUGACACUGUUGUGGAGAAUGGAGAACAAGAAGCCCAAGGGGCACAGAAACCUGGCACUGUAGGUUCACUGGUGACACCAGGGGGACAGAUUUCUCCGUCACGCCCAGAGCCACAGGGGGAGGUGCGACCACGCGACCACGCCGCAGAUCAGCAGGCCUUUGUAUCAGACUUCAUUCCAGGCUCUAUGGCUGGGUUUCCUGAUCAGUGGGGUGCACAGCCCAACCCUGCCCAGCUGCUGGACAGCGCACUGAUGGGACCCUUCACAGGUUUCUCUCCACCUGCCAUGGGGAUGGAUGUUAAUAUGGAUGUAGGCAUGGUGCCCAUGCAGCCAGAGAAAAACCAGAGUAUUGCAGAGCCACAAAAGUCUCCAUCCUUGGCCUCCGAACCCCCAAAAAAGACAGCAGAGCCCCAGACCCCCACAACUCCUAAAAACACAUCAGACCUGUCCUCAGGUGUCUUUGGUGACGGAUGGCCAGAUGAAGCUGGCAUCCCCUCCGACCUACCCUUCACCCCAAGUGUCUCCACGGUGAUCAGUCGUCAUGCCAGUCACCUGGCUGAAAGCCCAGAAGACUCCCCUAGCCCUCAGUGGUCUCCCAGAGAAAGGGGAGUAGGUGUGGGAGAAGAGGGUGAAAGUGAGAGUUCAGACCGCAAACAGCAGAAGAAGAAGAAGAAAAGAAGACCCAAGGAUGAGAUGUGUGAUUUUACAGAGCACAGAGGUCACUCUGACACUCAAGCUGAGAACACUGCGCUGCCAGAAGGCUCUCACAGAUCCUCGUCGCGCAAGGAGCGAGAUCGAGAUGGAGGCUGGGAACACGAGGAGAUCGGCAGAAGUGGUGCAAGGGGCAAGAAGGGAAAAAGCCGCAAGAAGAUUCCAGAAGAGUGGGCAAUCCAUGCAGAACCUUUUGUCCCUUCUUCCACCUCUCACUUUCAAGAGUUUGGCGUUGAUCUGGCCUCUCCUCCACAGGGUCGUGAAAGUCAUAUGAUGGGUUCAGGGCCUGCCCUGGUGUCUCUCACUGACGUCCUCCCUGAUGAAGGCCUCAUCCCACCAUCUCUUACCCAGGAUCUUCUAUCUCUAACUGCCACAUCUCCUCCAUCCACUCUGGGCUCUGAGAUCUUACCUUCAGCCCAAGUACCCAUGGAGGUAGAUGGAUCCUUCACAGGUAGUGCCAAAGCUUCCCUCUCCCUAGAGUUUGAUAAUGCUGACCCUUUUGCUUCCACAAUAAACGACACCAAGUCCUUCAUGUCGGGUGGUGGAGAUUUUGAAGAGUCUUUGUUUGAGCAGAAGAACUCUCUCCCAGGGUCAGCUAUGGGAACUCAAGUUCUGGAUGACUUCUCAAUGAAAGAGCCUCUAAUAUCCACCCCUGGCUCAGGGUUUGGAUCAUCCAUGGAAGCACUGGUCUCCGCUCCCCCAUUCACACCAUCCGGAGCAAAGUGGUCCCUGAACGACUCACACCUCAACAACCACAACGAGCUCUUUGACGUCACAGGCAUGGAAAGUGUGGCGUUUAAUGCCCAAGGCCCAGUGACCGUUCCUGUACCAUCACCCAGAGAGAAAAUUCCCAAAGGGAAGCAGAACAAGAAGUCCCGCUCAUCCUCAUCGAAGAGCCCUACAUCACCUGAAGCGAAGUUGCCCUCUCCCCAAAACUCUGGUCUGAAUCCCGCUGCUCCACCGUUCUUUCCUAGCUUCGCUGACCCCUUGGAGCACGUGGCCAUGCUGCCCGCCAUGCUGGAAGUCAAAACAGAGAAGACAGAUAAGCCAGAGGUUGAGAAAAUGGACAACUCCCAGAAGGUUGACAACUUUGAUAAGACUGACCAGGUGGGAAAGACAGACAAGGUGGACCCCACAGACAAGCAGGACAAAGAAGAAAAGGUUGACAUUCCUGUUGAUAAGACGGCUGAAAAAAUGGAAAAGGAUGGAAAGGAUGAAAAGAUGGAUAAACCUGAGAUGUUUGAAAAGUUAGACAAAAAGGAUAUGUCUGAGAAAGUAGUUACAGAAAAAACAAACAAAGCUGAAAAGCUAGAUAAAGGGGAGAAGAGUGAAAUGCUGGAGAAAAUGGAAAAGGAAAGUCUUUCAGAAAAAACAGAGAAGGUUGAUAAAGUGGAGGAAAAAGUGGAGAAGACCACCGAGAAAAAAGAAGCUGAAGAAAAAAUGGAUACAUUACCAAAGAUGGAUGAGAAAAUCCAUAAGGUUGAAAAUACAGAACAGAAAAUGGAGGAAAACAAAGCUGAAAAGGAUAAGGCUGAACCAAAGUUUGAUAAGGAUAAAGUGGAAACUACUGUAGAAAAGGACAAAACUGAGAAGGACAAAGUGGAAACAAUUGUAGAAAAGGACAAAACUGAGAAGGACAGAGUCGAACCAUGUAUUGAAAAGGACAAAACUGAGGACAAAGGGGAACCAAGUUUAGAAAAGGACAAAACUGAGAAGGACAAAGUGGAAACAAUUGUAGAGAAGGACAAAACUGCAGUGGACAAAGUGGAACCAAGUACAGAAAAGGACAAAGUGGAACAGAGCAUAGAUAAGAACAAAGUUGAAAAGGAAAAAGAUGACGUUAAGACAGAGGGGGACAAAAAAGUGGAGAAAGAAAAGGAUGAAACAGGGAAGACGGAGAAGGUAGAAAAGACCAGCUCACCACAGAAGACUGAAAAAAAGGAUAAAGUUGAGAAAAAAGAAACUGCAGAGAAAACUGACAAAACUCCCAAAGCAGAAAAAGACGACAAAACAGAGAAAGCCAAAAAACCAGCAGCCAGGUCUUCCGCCACUGGUGGGAGUAAUGCUGCCCCAAGCAAAGAUCUGACUAGCCCAGACAAGAAGACCAAGCCUGUUGCUGGGGCAACCAGACCAAGCUCUGCCAAGCCCCGGCCGAGCUCAGUGUCCACUGCUGCGACUGCCCCCAAGCGUCCAACCCCUACCUCCACUGCCACCUCCACCACCCUCACCAAAAAAGCACCCGUGCCCAAGGCCCCCACCCCUAUGGCUGAAGCCAAGCAGCCAGCCUCCGCUUCCGCUGCCAGCCGCCCCCCUACUACCUCCACCACAGUGGCUCGAGAUGUCAAAACCAAGACUACCACAGAGAGGCGCCCCCUAGUGCCAAAGGCCGGUGUCACUACUACAGCUCGAACCACGACUCCCAAAGAUGGCACUUCUGCCACAGCGCCUGCCAAAUCGACUACAGCGACCCGAACAUCCCUCACUACUCGCACCACAGCCAGUGCUUCCACUGCACGCCGCUCCCCUGCAACAAAGACCGAGAGCAAACCAGGAGAGGAGAAGAAGCCCAGCACUCUAAAAACCACAGACUCCACCCGACCCAAGACCUCAACAUCCAGGACCUCCACCAUUACCAGCACUGCUGCCAGCCGCGCCCGCGCUGCCAAAUCUGCCACACCCACCUCCUCCACCACACCUUCCACAGUGCCAGAGAGGAAGCCGCCAGUGCCCCGCGCCCCCCGUGCCAGCUCCACCACCACCUCCAACAGCACCGCGACACGAACCACCUCCCGCCCUGCCACCGCGCCCACCCCUGAUAUCAAAAAUGUCCGUUCAAAGAUCGGGUCCACAGACAACAUUAAGCAUCAGCCCGGCGGCGGAAAGGUCACAGUGUCUCAGGGCAGGACAGAUGCUCUGGCUCAGAGCUCCAUCUCCAAAGAGACCAGCCAGGGCAAAGUUCAGAUAGUCUCCAAAAAGGUGGACUACAGCCAUGUCACCUCUCGUUUGGGCUCCAAGGACAAUAUCAAGCAUGUUCCUGGUGGAGGGAACGUCCAGAUUCUUAAUAAGAAAGUUGACCUCAGCAAAGUGACUUCAAAGUGUGGUUCCAAGGCCAAUAUCAAGCACAAACCAGGAGGUGGUGAUGUGAAGAUUGAGAGUCAUAAGCUGAACUUUAAGGACAAAGCCCAGGCCAAGGUUGGCUCAAUGGACAACGUUAACCAUGAACCUGGAGGUGGUAAUGUGAAGGCUGAGGGGGCCCAGGAGGCAGCUGAAGGGAGUGGGGCUCCCUCUAGUGGCACUUGGGCCGCCCAGCCGGCGGCCAGCCCCGCCCAGGAGAAUGGGCUGAAGGAGGGCGCCCCCUGCGGGAGCGAGGGGCUCGGGGACCCCCAGAGCCUGGACUCGCCCAUCCCAGAGACAAGCAUCUAAUUCUUCUUUUUGCUAUCACUCUACCCUUCUCAUUUCACACCCCUGCCCCAACACCUCCUCUCCUCCCUCUCUCCUCUGGUCUAUCUUUUCCUGUCUGUCUCUUCCCUCUGUCUUUCUCACACUCCUCCUUUGCUGCAGAUUGAGUCUUUUAAGCUCAACUUCCGCGAGAACGCCCGCUCUCGCACGGACCACGGCGCCGACAUCAUAACCUGGCCAGCCCUGGGUGA